GAUGGCGGAAGCGAUUGCGAGCGUUUGAAUUCCAGGGAAGCCGCCAAAGCCGCGCACAAAGGCGGCGGGCGCCGCGGGAGCCGAGCUGCCGAUCCAUGGAUUCGCUACCAGGGGAGGACCCGACGCUGCCGCUGCCGUUCGAGGCCAGCGCCCUCCAGCUGCCGGACAUCUCCCGCGGGGACCCCCAGCCCGGCCCGCCCGGCCGACAAGUAGUACCAGAUGUGGCAGAAGACACAGUCUCACCAGCUCGAGCUCGGACCAUGAAGGACUAUGAAAAUCAAAUCACUGAUCUGAAAAAAGAAAACUUCAACCUGAAACUUCGUAUUUAUUUUCUGGAGGAGCGAAUGCAGCAGAAGUUUGAUGGUCCCACUGAAGAAAUCUACAAAAUCAACAUUGAGCUGAAAGUUGAGAUAGAAAGUCUGAAGCGUGAACUGCAGGAGAGGGAGAAGCUGCUCGUCAAGGCCUAUAAGGCAGUUGAAAGCUUGGCCCAGGGUGGUGAUGCUGAAGUGCAGCAUGGAAAAGAAGCACAGAAGAAGAUGCAGGAGAUGGAGGAAAUGCUGACUGGCAGAAUAAACCUUCUGGAAGAGAAUCUUAAAGCUGCCCAAGAAGAGGUGGAAAAAGCCCUUGCAAUGACAGAGAAGGAGAAAGCUCUGAGAAUUGCUGCUGAGCAGAAACUUGCUUCAAUUAUCAAUGCCCCUGCCAAGGAUGUGGACAAGGUUACAGAAGCUGAGAAAGACAGACUUAUAGAGCAACUGAAUCUGUCACUGAAAAGUAAAGAAGCUUUAAUUCAACACCUCGAAAAGGAAAAGUCUCAGAGUGGAUCUUCUGAUGGGAACUUGCCAGCAGAAAAAAUCAGAGAACUUACCAUUGCCUUGAGGCUUGAAAAGGAUAGUGAGAUAGAGGCUCUUAGAAUGGAGCUUAAAAAUGAGAGAAAUUCCUUUGAAAAAAAAAUUCAGUCACUGCAAGAGGAGCUGCAAGAGAGAGAAAAUGAGCUUGCUGUUGAAAAGAAGAAUGGUUUGAAAAGGGAUAAAACUAUCCAAGGACUAACUGUUGCCUUAAAAGCAAAGGAAAAAGAGAAUGAGGAGCUGGCUUCUGAAAUUGAAGAGUUAAAUGCUUCAUUGGCUAAGGCAAGAGAGGCAACUCACAAGGCACAUGUGCAAAAAUUCAAGGGUGCUGCAGAUUACCAGGCUCUGCUGAUGGAGAAGGAGACCCUGCUGGCAGAGCUGCGCUCAGAGAACCUCACCAAGGACGCUGAGAACCGCAGGCUGCAGAGAAUCAUUAAAGUCACUGGGCAGGAGCUGAGUGAUCUGAAUUUGGAAAGAGAGAAAAUGGAGAAGGAGCUGGAUGAAGCACAACUGCAGAAGAGCAGAAGUGACAAAACCAUUAAUGACCUUAGAAAUCAACUAGAGAAAUUACAUGGUGAAAUGACUGAGAAAGAAAAAGCAGUUGAACACCAUUACAAUAUUCUUUUGAGUGAAAGCAAUCAGAAGCUGCAGAGCCAAGAACUUGUUAUAAGGCAGCUGACAGACAGUGUCAAUCACAAGGAUCUGCUGCUUGAGAGACUUGAUGGAACAGUUAAAGAAAAGGAUGCAGAGCUGCAGGAGCUCCAGAAUAAAUGCAAGAACCUUUUAAGAGCUAAUGAAGAACUUGAACUGAAAAAUGAGGGUUUAGUAGAGGAGAAAUGUGCUGCACAGACUCAACAGUCAAUUAUCAAGAUAGUCAGAGAGCUGGAGGAAAAUAAAGAAGCUGAAUAUGAGAGGCUGAUCCUUGCUUUGAGGAAAGAACAGAAUAUUUACUCUACUCUAGUGAAGACCUUCAAGGAGUCAGAUAGUAUAAAUAGCUUGCAGGUGGAGCUGAACAACAUUUUCAUGUUGAGAAAACAACUGGAAGAAGAUGUUUUAGGUAACAGGAAUCUCCAGAAGAUUUUACAAGAUCAGAUUAAGGACAUGAAAAAUCACAAAGAUGAAACUCUAUCUUUCUGUGGAGAUCAAACAUCUUAUAUGAGUAUCUGUUUAGGAGAACAAGACCAUUUAAGCCUUCAGAUAGACCAUCUGUCUCUGGAAGAACUUAAAAAAAAGGUUGCUGACCUGCUCCUGAUGGUCAAAGAGCUGCAGUCAAUUAAUCAAGAGCUUAAGGCCAGACAGUCUGGAUGUUGUACAAAGGAUUCUCAAGGAAAGGAAGCACUGGAAAUACUAAACCACAGAGAGUGUCUUGAAACACCAGAGAAGCCUGUGAUGCAGCCUGAAGAUGGUGACAAUGACAAGAAGGUGCAGAACAGUCAGUUUUGUGAGAGGGUCAGUCAGGUGUGCCUUCAAGUAUCUUUGGAUUUUCCUUGUGAGGUGGAUAAACAGAUAACUCCAUCAGGCUAUUCAGAGAGUAUCUGCAAAGACAGACAUUAUAGGAGUCCAAUUAAGCCUCAAUUUGAGCAUGAUACAACUGACAAACACUUGAGAACAGGAAUGAGUGAACAUGAAACAGAAGAGAACUUGCUCACAUCUCCUCUAAGAGAAAAUAGAACAUCUGUGCUGGAAUCUACCAGACAAGAACAAAUGAAAAUUGUAAAUGAACUGUUAGAUCAUCUGAACACGACAGAGGAAGAAUGUUCAAGUGAAGAUAUAGAGAAAAAGGAUGAAAAAGAUCUUAGGCAAAUGAUUAUUCAACUAAGAGCUCAACUCAAACAUUUCAAGCAGGUCACUAAAUUCUUAAGGCAGCGAGCAGAAUUGAAAUCAGCUUUUGAUGGGGAAGAGAAGCUUUAUCCAGAUGCAGUGCCACAGAUUAAUAAGGCGAGUCAGUUGUUGAAAGUGGAAUUGAAAGAUGCAGCUAUGCAAACAAUGACUUUAGAGAGUAAUGUCAUGAGAUUCAAACAUGAAGGCAAAAAAGGAGCCUCAGAAGAAAAGUCAAAAUAUUCAAGAUUAAAUGCAGAAGCAGAACAUCAGCAAGAAAAUGUGUAUAAGAAGGGUGAACAGCAUGAAAGACUUUCUUUUACUAGAACAAAUGAAGCUGGCUCUGCUUCCUUGCCCAAGAAGUCCCGGCUGCCUGUGCUUGUGAGAUCCUGCAGGGCAUUAGGAAAUGUCCCUUUGAACUCCUGGCUGCAGAAAUCAGCUCCAGAAGCACAGCAUCCUUCCAGGGCACCUCCUGAAGGUCUGAGAACUUGUGAAAUACAAACCAUACCAUUUCAGGCACAACCUAAUGGAGAAUUACUGCAUGAGUCUGGAGCUGGAAACCUUCCAGAGGAGCCUGCACAGGGAAACACAUCAGGGAGAGUUGUCUCAUUGCUCAAACUGGAUAAUACUGAGACCCAGGUGGAGUUCCAAGAUGUUGAUCCAGGUACAGAGGACAAGAAUGAAAAUGUGAAGGACAAAAAUCAGCAGAACUAUCAAGAAAUGCAAAAUCAUCAUAGCAUUAGCAAUGGGAAUAUCCAGAGUUCAUUAAAAGAGGUGGAUGAAGAGUUUUAUCCCAUGGGACACGAGGACACUGACUCAGCCCCUGCACAUUCAGACUCCAAGUGCCUGUGUGCUCACCAAGAGAGUGGAACAAGAACUGAUGCCCUCCAGGGCUGUGGAGCCACAGAGGAUAUAGAAGAAUUGAAACAAAGAGUUAAGAAUAUGCAGUCUGAGCUUGAAAAGUACAAAAUGUUCCUGCUGCAGCUGCAGGGCUCUGAGCAGCUCUGGUUCAGUGGUGUUUCCAGUGGGGCUGUGAGGGAUGCAGCCCUGCCUGUGGAAGGGUUUGUCACACCAAUACAAGGCACAGCUAUGGAAGGAGUUCAGACAUCCUCUGGUGUCCCUCAGCUGGAUUUGGAUGAGAUCCACACCAAAACCAGGGAUUCUGAGUCUGUGCAAGCACCUGAUAUGUGGGCAGCACAAAACCUUAAGGAGCUGCUGUUGGCCAAUGAGGCAGAAGCUGACAAAGAGCAAGUUGUGAAUGUGCAUCUUGAUGCAAUGUAUCCUCUUCAGAGCAGUCUGAGAGCAACAUCACCAUCCAAAUAUGACUCGUUGGUUCACUCACAAGUUCGGGAGCUGUCCUUCCAAUGCCAGCAAAUCAAGGAGAUCCGCUGUGGCUGUGCCACCUACCUCCAGCACCUCAGCAGCCUGGUGAAGGCCUUUGAGGAGCUGCUGCAGGCCAGUGAUGUUGAUUAUGACGUUGCUGAAGGCUUCCGUGAGCAGCUGAACCAAAGUGUGCUGCUGUUUGAGAAACUGGAGAUGAAAUUCCUCUAUGGAGAAUCAAUAGGUACAGAAGUCACUAUACUUUAUGAAUUAGCUCAAAGCUCAUCUGACUUUGAUGUGUCAGAGAAGUCUCCUCUUGGCUCACCUGAGCACAGGCAUGACCUGGAAGGCCAGCACAGCACACUGCCACUUCUGCCAAGCAAGUUUCCUCCAGAGUUAUUAAUGGAGCAUCUGCAGGAAAUUAGAAUCCUGAGACAGCGUUUAGAAUAUUCCAUAAAAACUAAUGAGAGACUGAGGAAGCAGCUUGAGAGACAAGUAACAGACAAGGAACUAGAUCAAGGUUCUGCAAACAUUUUUAUCCAUGGCUCAGAGCAGCAUAAUUCCCUGACUUCUGAAAUACAUUUCCUGAGGAAGCAAAAUCAAGUUCUGAAUGCAAUGCUAGCAAAAGGAUCUAGAGAUAAACAAAAGGAAAAUGAAAAGUUAAGAGAAUCUCUUUCUAAGAAGAAUGCAGUCAUUGAGCAUCUUCACGAGGACCAUGAAUGCAUGAAGAAAGAAAAUGAAAAGUUGCAAAAACAAAUAUGCCAAAAGGAAGAUGAAAUCAGAUACCUGACAUGUCAAAUUUACAGCAGUCGCAAUGAACUGAACAGGUUGCAAACAGAAAUUAAUGUAAAGCAGCAUCAGAUCUCUGAGAAUGAGAAGUUGCUGCAGUCGCUGCGGACUGAGAUCAAGGUGUAUGAGAAGCUGGAAGAAGCAAGAAGGAAGGGGACAGAUCCCAGAUGUGAUGGCUCAGAAGAAUUCCAGAAAGAUCAGAAGAAUCCACUGGAUUUAAACGAACUGCUGGCUGAAAUCCAGAGCCUGCGAGUGCAGCUGGAGAGGAGCAUAGACACCAACAAAUCUUUGCAUGAAAAAUUAGAGGAACAGCUUUCCAAAGGGAAGAGAGAGGAAGUGGGCCCAGUGUCAGCUGUUAAUAUCAACUGUGUGUUGAAGGCAGGCUCUCAGCCCUGUGCAGGACUGGAUGAAAAUCUCUGCAACUGCUCUGCUGCCAGGAGAAGCAUUGGUGAGCAGAACGGACGCUGCAUUUCAGCAGAGAACCCAGAUACACCCAGCCCUGUUCAACAGCAGUCGAGUCCUCAGGCAGCCCCUAAGGGUGAUGGGGACAGUGCCUCUGUGUGCAGCAGCAGCUCCAGCAGGACGUGCACCCCACGCUUGGUGCCCGGGCACCGCAUGUGGGCGGACAGGAGCGGCCGGCACGUGCUGGGCCUCAUCGAGGACUACGAUGCCCUGAGGAAACACAUCUCAGAGGGACAGCAGGUGCUGGCACACAUGGAGAUGGCUCUCAGAGAGCUCACUGGCACCAAGCUGCAGGAGCCUGGAGUGAAGGUACCAGAACAGGCAUCCCUGCAUGGCUUGUCCACGAGCACUCACACAGUACAGCAGAUUUUGGAAGAGGCUGCACGUUCCCUGAAGCUUCUGUGGAGAGUUUCUCUUCCCCUGAAAGCUGCUCAUGGUACUGCUCAGGGCAUUCAGGAUGAAGGAAUGAAAGCAGAAAUAUUUAGGUUACGUAAGAAACUGUCUGAGCAAGAGAAGAAGUUGCACAGCACAGUGAAACGCCUGCACUCCACAAACCAGCUGAAGGAAAACAUGGAGAAGGUCAUCAUUGACCAGUUGGUUUUAACACAUGAUGUCUUGAAGAAGGCUAGAGGAAACCUGGAAGUCCCACCAGCUGAGAAUCAAAAAUCACCUUCCUACACCAGCAAAAAAAGGAUUCUCUGAAGGAGAAAGUUCUGCUAACAGAGACUGGUUUUGUGAGUGUUGUUUGCUUUGUGCUGCCUUAAUAUUUAUUGAUGUAAAAAAUGUUUGUUCAGCUCUUUUAAUGGAAUCAGCCUUUGACCAAAAAAAAAAAAAAGGACAAAAAAUGACACCUUUUGGUAAAUAACUUAUUUAACAUUUUCUGUAAUGUAAAGAUGGUUUUUAAUAUUUAUUACCAGAAGCAAGGUACUGCAGGUAUUGAGGAAAAAUCCAGAUUUUUUUAAAGUUGGCACAUUUGAAAUUUUAUAUUUGUACUUGCCAUGUUGUAAAAUUAUUUGUUGUUGUAGUCAAACAGGUCCUGAAAGAAUCAAGAAUGUGAUCCACCUUCCACUGUUUCUCUCCUGCUAAAAGAAUGUAGGUUAAAAAAAAAUACUCUGCCAGUUGUCAUUGUUUUGUAACAAUGUGAAAAAAUGUUAAAUAUUUUAAAGCAUUUUAACCAUCUCUGGAAGGUUCUUCUGGAAGCUGCCUGAUGCUUAGGUACUUAGAUUGAUGGUGUGUCUGAAAAUGUUACUUAGAGUCAGACAAUUAAAAUGAAAAAU